AUGGGUUCCUCCGCCUCCAAGCCUCUGCCCGCUUCGGGCGAGAUGAGCGAGAAGAGCGCAGCAACGCAAUCCUUGGAGCGUCAGUUAGGACGAAGCGGUCGCGCAAGUGCUCGUCCAGACGCCUCGUUGAGCUUGCAUCACUCGACCGACAGAUCCUACAAGAUCCAAGCUUCUCGUCUUGCGCACACGCCAGCGACGACGCCGCAGCAAGAAAACGCUCGAGAUGCAGGCAAGGCCAGCAGCAACAUCAUCCCUACACUGCUGCAGUAUUGGUCCGACACGGCGCUCAAGACCACAUCGGCCAAGUUGGCUGCAAGGACGCUGCACAACGAACAGCUGGCGCUGGCUCUUAGAGACAGAAAGACGGAAAUCGAGAUGGGCAACCACGUAUUCAACGUCAAAGUGGAUCGUGAGUGGCGAAACGGAGUAGCAUGUAUCCGCACCUCUGCUUGGUGACUGACUCGGAGGGUUUUGUCUUCUCAUCGCCUUCUCAUCGCUCGUAGUGGAGGGCACGCCAGUGUGCAACCAAAAGUGAGUGCCUGCGAAGCAGGGAUGGAGAAAGUCACGCGUUUGGCAAGCCCAUCGCACGCGCCAUGCCUCAUCAUUCAGUCCCAUCCUGGCCCGCCCCACCGCACCGCACCGCAUCGCAUCAGGUCGUCUGGACGCUGCUGGCUAUUUGCUACGCUCAACCUGCUCCGCGUGCACGCCAUGAAAGAGUACGAUGUGCCCGCUUUGGAGCUUUCGCAGAGUUACCUGCACUUUUACGACAAGUUGGAAAAGGCCAACACGUUUGUGAGUCGGAUCGAACGAGCCGAGACGCGAUUUGCGUGCAAAGCUGAACAGCCUUGCUGCUGCUGUUGUUGUUGUUGCGUCUGUGCGUGCUCAGUUGGAGAACACGAUUGACCUUGCAUCCGAAGCGCUGGACAGUCGUCUGUACGGAUACCUCAAGGGCGACCCGGUCAACGAUGGAGGCCAAUGGGACAUGGUGGUGAAUCUUUUGCGCGUAUACGGUAUUGUGCCCCAGGUCAUCUUCCCAGAGUCCUUCAACAGCAGCAACAGCGACAAGAUCAAUUGGUUGGUCACUGUUCAGUUGCGGCAAUUCGCUCUCGAGCUGCGCAGUCUCAUCUCUCAGCUGCGAUCCCAAGAAGGUGGAGCGCACAGCCUGUCACUUGCGUCGGAACACAGCAUCGUCCAGCAAGUCAGGCUCACAAAGGAGAGGCAGAUGAAGAAGAUUUUCGAAAUACUGACGAUUGCGAAUGGAGCUGCACCUCCUAGUCCGGAGCAAGAGUUUACAUGGCAGUACUAUGACUCCAAGGGCAAAUAUCAGGAGAGACGUUUCACGCCCAAGAGCUUUCUGCAGAGCUUGAAGAAGAGAUUCGAUCUGGACAAUGCUUGCAGCUUGGUCAAUGAUCCGAGAGCAGAGGAGCAGAAGGUCAGCUUUGCAUGCUUUCUCAAGCGGUAUGCGGCAGCGCGAGCUGAUCUGUCCCAACUCCUUCACUACCUGCCUUUCCCUGACUCUUUGCAGCUCAUCACCAUCGAUAGACUGCAGAAUGUGUGGGGCGCGCGUCCUGUUAGCUACGUCAACACGAGCAGCCAAGUCAUGAAAGGUGAGUGGCGCAUCCAGCCAAGUACUUUUUGCCCAAUGCCACCCACUGCAGUUAAGCCCACUGAACACUGGUGCUCUUCUUACGAUCACAGAGAGCGUGGUCAAGUCCCUUCGCUCCAACCAAGCCGUGUUCUUUGGCUGCGAUGUUGGCCAAUUCUCGCAUACGGCGAGCGGUGUCAUGUGCCCCUCGCUGUAUCAGACGGGAGUGGAAGAGGCAUUCGAUAUUUCCCUCAACUUGAGCAAGGCGGAGAGGCUGCAAAUGGGAGAGAGCCUGAUGACGCACGCGAUGGUCAUCACUGGCGUCCAGGUCGAUUCAGAUGGCAAGCCGACGCGGUACAGGGUGGAGAACAGCUGGAGCGAGACGGCUGGUCAGAAAGGGUGAGUGUGCUUGUAUGCACUUUUCAUCAGAGCAGCCGAGUGGGCAAACUAAUGGCGAUCAUCCUGCCGUGCGCGCGCGCGCGCCCCCCCCUCAGAUACAUGAUCAUGUCUGAUGCGUGGUUCGACCAGUACGUCUUCCAAGUCGUCGUCCGCAAGCAGGACAUGCCGGCCGCCUUGUGGCAGCUCUUCGACGCGGGCGUCAAUGAGGAGACUAUCGUAUACCCGCCUUAUGAUCCUUUUGGAAGUCUCGCUUGA